AUGAAGCCUGUCGUGAGUUCUAUGCAAGCUUGGUCUUGCGUAGUCAUCUCCGUCUUCGCCAUCAUCAUCCUAUCCAUCCUCGGCGGCCUCUUCCGAAACAACCAUCACGAGUUCGUAGGCGGCACUGAAGACCCCGUGAACGGCCAGGCGGUUGCGGGCACCGUAUUUACCGCCGUGAUUGUCUAUGCGGCCUUUUUGGUGUUCUGCGGUCUCCAGGGAUUGUUACACUUACGCGAAAACCGACGAGGUGCCAUCGCGUUAUCAUAA